AGCAGCACCACUCGCAGUCAAGCAGCGGGACUCCAGGCACUCACUUCCCCAGCUGCUGACGUCAGCUGGCAGCCUGGGCAGUGCUCGCCGCUCCGGACAUAGAGCCGAGAAAAAUGCUGCUCUCCGUACCGCCAAGGGCAGGAAUCAACCCGUACAGCGGCUUUAACAGCAGAAACAGCAAAAAGCAGGCCUAUGUGUCCUCCGGCCACCAGAUGGCUCCCCCCAGUCCCAACAACAACAGUAGCAGCAACAACGGCAGCGGCGGAGGAGGUGGAGAACAGCUAAGUAAAACCAACCUGUAUAUCCGUGGCCUUCAUCCAGGGACUACGGACCAAGACCUGGUCAAGCUCUGCCAGCCGUAUGGCAAGAUUGUGUCGACCAAAGCCAUCUUGGAUAAAACCACAAACAAAUGUAAAGGCUAUGGCUUUGUGGACUUUGACAGUCCAGCAGCAGCUCAGAAAGCUGUUACGGCUCUGAAAUCAAGUGGCGUCCAGGCACAGAUGGCCAAACAACAGGAGCAGGACCCCACCAAUCUGUACAUCUCCAACCUGCCGGUGUCCAUGGACGAGCAAGAGCUGGAGAGCAUGCUCAAGUCCUUUGGCCAGGUCAUUUCUACCCGCAUUCUGCGAGACGCCAACGGGACCAGCCGCGGUGUGGGAUUCGCCAGAAUGGAGUCCACAGAGAAGUGUGAGGCCAUUAUUCAACAUUUCAAUGGCAAAUUCAUCAAGACUCCACCAGGAGUGCCAGUGCCCACAGAGCCGUUAUUAUGUAAGUUUGCAGACGGGGGUCAGAAAAAGAGGCAGAACCAGGGAAAGUACCUCCCCAACGGAAGGCCCUGGGCCAGAGACGGCGAGACGGGAGGAAUGACGCUUGCGUAUGACCCCACAGCAUUACAAAAUGGCUUCUACUCCUCACCAUACAGCCUGGCUCCAAACCGUAUGAUCGCCCAGACGUCUCUCUCACCUUACAUGCAUUCUCCUGUCUCAUCCUACCAGGUGGUGUAUUUUACUCACAUUUUUGUCUCACGUUCCCAUAUAUCUAAUACACAGUCUCAACUACUGUCAUUCUUCCUUCACGGAAAGGUGCACAGCCCGUCCUGGAUGCACCAUCAGUCAUACCUCAUGCAACCAGCUGGUACAGUUCUUACCCCAGCAAUGGAUCACGCUAUGUCCAUCCAGCCAACAUCUAUGAUGGGACCUCUCGCCCAGCAGCUAAGCCACCUUUCCCUGGGCAGCACGGGAACAUAUAUUCCGGCCAACACAACUAUGCAGGGGACCUACAUCCCCCAGUACACCCCAGUGCCUCCUUCCAAUGUCCCAGUAGAGGAGAACGGUGGUCAACAGCAACAGGUUGCUAUGGAAACUCCCACAGAACACACAAACUAUUCGUACCAACACACCAAGUGAAGCUAAGCGCCAUGAGGGUAGGGGCCUUGGCCAUGUGAUGAAUCCAACCAAUCAGGGUUCAGCUAAACAAGAACUCUGCUCUAUACCGUUACCAAGCAUCCGAACUUGAACAUGGAUGACAAAAGGAACGUGUGUACAUGUAUGCGAGAGAGAGUGAAAUUGUGUUUUGUGUGUGUGUGUGUUUCUUUGUUUGUUUUUUUGUUUGUUUUUUCCAUUUUAAAGAAACAACACAACAACACUUGCGGCAUUGAACAUUUCUGCUCACAAGUUGAACUACCAAAGGAGGUAAUAAUCUUCUCCAGAGAAGAUCUGAUCUAUUUUGAUAACUGCAACAAGGAACAUGAUAAAAUGUUGGAGGGGAAAAAAAUAGGAGAAAAAUUAGCGAUGAGGAAAAAAAAAGAACAGAGUGUUAUUUUUAUGUACGUAAUAUAACAAAUUCUUAUUUUAAAAAAAAGGAAAUUGCAUUCUGGAUGUUUCAGAGUGAUUCAAGGAAAAGAGUUAAAACACAAUGUGUCUUUUAUUUUUUAUUUUUUUGUAAAAUAUGCAACUGUUUAAUUUCCUGAUGUUUGUUGUUUGACAUUCUAUUUGCAGCGGUGGGGCAACAGUUUGUACAGGUUUUAAAAAAUGAACAGAAAGACUUGCUGCAUGUCACGUCAUUGGAAUCGCGGGAGGCAAACCGUUUAAAGCUACUUCUUCCUCUAACUGCUGCAGAGAUUUCUAGUCAUGCACAAAUGAUAGAAACACAUUUUAUUUAUACUUGCUACUCCUAUUUUUAAAGCCUGAAUGAACAAAAGACAAUCAAUUAUUUCUAUUUAUAUUUGACUUAUUUUUCUGGGGUUUUUUUUCCACCAGAAUUUUUUAAACCAUUUCAACCUUUAUUAAAAAAACAAAAAGACGUUAUUUAAUAGUAGGGUCUCUAAAGACUACAAAGAAGCCACAGAGUGAUAAGCUGACAUUUUUGGGGAAUUGUACUAUUGGCCCUUUUCACAGUCAGACGACUAUUUCUUUCCCUAGCCUUCUUUUACUUGUUUUCACUAAUGGGAUACAAUGUAAACAAAUGAAUAAUGUAAUACGAAGUGAGAUGAGUAACGUUUUAUUAUUGAUGAUUUUAGGAACCCUAGUGCUACAGUCUCAGAGUGCCUCUGUGUCAAACUACUACUACUACUACUAAUUCCCUUAAAAGAGACACAUUUAAACAUAUGGUAAAAUGUCCGUGACAUGUUGUGGUCAAAAUGCCCCAAGCAUUAAGAACAAUUAUCACCCGCCAGACUGUUUUGGCAGUGGGGAAGCUGCAAAUGAGCCACUUUUCACCUCAGCUCCCCGCUACUGCAAAGUGCGGCAACAUGAGUUUGACCAGUGGCUACUGCGUAUUUGCAAGUUUUGGGACCAAAUAUCGCUUUUACUUUCAAAGGGGAAAAUCAGAUCAUGAAGAGUCCUUGAACACUCCUAAAGACUGUAAAAGCAUAGAUUUUUUUUCACUCAUGAAGGCAGCUUUUCAACUGCAAUUUGUAAUUUUUGUUCGAUUUUGAUGUCACGACAAGGCCAAAUUUGGCCUUUUUCGGAACAAGGCAUCACUUUGUCUUUUCUCACUUGAUGGCCACACUACUAAAAAUGACUCGUAUAGAAGCAAAUAAAUAGUUCAUUUUCCACUUUAAACAAAGCGCAAAUCGUGUGGCAUAAUAUAUUGGAUUGGACUGGAUUGGAUAAAACCUUAUUGUCAAAUGUACUGUAUGUGUAACAUCUUAGCUUAGCUGAGGGUCCCAACUUCAGCAACUGAAUAUAACGCAAAAGCAACAGAAGGCUUGCUGGCGAACUCCGUUGCUAACCAGGCAAAGGCUACGUUAAUUUUCUACUUCAAACAAACAAGUAGCAAAUAGUCUGACGUAAAGGAUCUUAACACAAAUGAGGGUCACAACUUCAGCAAUUAAAUAUGAACCAAAAGCAGCAGCAAAUAAGCUAGCGUCGUUGCUUGCGAAACAGGCUAAGGGCUAUCAACAGAGCGGCUUUUCCAACACUCUUUUUGGCUAAAAACAAGUCUGAACCGUGAAAUAAUGGGGAUCUCGUCUCUGUUGACUCACAAAUUGACUUACUCUGUGUCAAGUCAUCACAUUACGUCACUAGCAUAACGUACAUAGACGGCUCGAUCCCUAUUUGUCGCUAGCAUAGAGAAAUUAACAAAGGUUAUUUAUUAUUAAUGAAUGAUAUUUUCCUGCGGCACCCCUUUCAUUGCACCCUGGUUGGGAAUCACUGCUCUCGAAUAAGCGUGACUUUUUUUUCUUCAUGGUUGCAGGGUAUAUUACAGUACAGACAUAACAACAUGAAGCUCACUUUACGCUUUACUCGUUUAUUUACAUUGUAUUCCCAUUACAAUUUGCGGAGCUGGAGACAAUCCCAGGAAGACGGUGUCUGAACAUCAUCGUCAAAAGGGUCUGUUUUGAGGGCACAGGACUAGGAUUCCACAUUUUGUGAGUUUUUAAUGUGAUCAGCGUUCUGUGUAUGUGGUGCACGCGGGCUGUAGAUCAGCAUGACGCCUGUUCACGCUCCUCACGCCCAUGUUGAGAAGUGGUUUUAAGCGGUUUUGUUGAAGCAACUCUUCAAAGUAUCGUUCAAUUGGUCCUCUUGUCGCAAGGAGGGGACGUGUGUCGGUGAAAUGACUGCAGUUAUUCAUUCGAGGUAACAUGAGAUAAAAAUUGAAGAUUUCCGAGUGAUUGGUUGCAAAGGGAGCUGUAGGUCUUUUCUCAAUGCUGCUGUUGUCACCUGAUUUUGAGUCAUUGAUUGUUUAGUUGUUGUUGGGGUUUUUUUCUGUUGGUAAGUUUUUCUUUUUGACUGUCACUUGAAAACCUUUUGAGCUAACCUGCCUUAUUUUUUUGUUUAUCUUCAAAGUAGAUGUCAUUUUAGCUGUAGAGAGAUAGCAUUCAAUGUUAGUUUGUAGUUGUUAGUUUUGACGUUUUCUUGCUCAACAUCACGGUUUCUCGUGUUUUGAUUCACAGGGGUCUCUGUUCCUUUUGUUGUGCUGUUGAGCCUUUUUGUUUAAAAAAAGAAAGAAAGAAAAACGUUUUUUUUUAAACCUUUGCAAGUGGACAGCUAAACCAAAUCCUGACUUUGUUUGCUGACUCGAAACAUUCAUACGGACGCAGUGUCGUAGCUCAAGAUGAGGCUAUGACCAUACAACAAGCCAUUGCAUCCACACAAGUUUUCAUUCAUGCGCACGUUACAAACUGUCAACCUCUUGGCUUUUCAAAGAUUGAUCACUAGACCGUAUGAGUGUCAUUGAAGAGGGUAUUCAUGCCCGUUUUCCACUGCACAGUUUAUAGGAAAGGCUUUGACUUGCUGCCGGGUGGGGUGGAUUCCACCUCAAAAUACUGUAUGUGAAACUGCAAAAAAAAAAAAAGUAUCUUCAAAGACAUCAAUCGCAACAAACACGUGCGAAUCGAGGAACAAAGAAGCACAAGGCUCUCUCUUUACUUCACAGCAUGUGGCUGUUUUUAUUCAAAAGUGAAACUGAGGGAACCAAUCGCUGCAGGACGUUGAAGUUGGUUGAGUCGUACAUCAAGUAGUGUGCAUCACUGCGGCAACAGGCAAAGCUCAUAUUAGCAUGUGGAAAAGGGGCAUAAGUAUCUUUCUUUGAUUAGUGAGUGAAACAAAAGUCAUCUGGAAAUCCUAAUUUUAGCAAAGCCUUAAUAUUCUUUUCUUUGUGUGAACUGCCUCAAAUUCCAAGUAAUGUCACUACAUACGACAGCAACCAACUUGUUGGAAAGACAUCGAGUUAACCAUAAUUUUGGUUGGCCGGAGCUAAGCUGUUCAUCAGGCGGCACCAAAAAAACACGCUGACUCUAUUUUUUUUUUUUUACAUAUUUUGUGUGAUUUGUUGUUCAUUUGUGCAACCAAAGAUGUUGUCGUCACCCAUACAUUCACGUUCGUAUGUUGCUCUCAGCAAGACUUGCAAAACGAGCCGGACAAACUGCUUUUAUCUGAAUGACUCAGGAGGGCAAUGGCGUUUUCAUGCACUCUGAAUCCAACGUGGUUUUGUUUCCACUUGGAAAGUAAUUGGGGAGGGGGAGUACAGUACUAUGCUUAUAUACAGCAUGCGAAGGAAGGCUGCAGUGCAAGUAAACAAAGUGGGCUUAGCAGGCUUCCAGGAGGAGCACCUUGUGCAGAUUGAGAGAGCACAUUUUGUACAUAGUUUUUGUUAUUGUUUUUCCCUUUUUUCCGACACCUUUUUCCCCCUGUGUGGGUGUGUUUUCAUGACUUUUAUUCUUUGUUUGAUAAACUGUCCGGAUCACACAGACGCUAGCACGUCAUCUGAACCAAUCGCGCCAUGAAGGAGUAUGUCAUGGAAAAUAUCUAUAUGAGAGAAAUGGUAUAUUCAAUGUGUUAGCAAUCACUAUGAACACACACACACAUACAUUCAAAAAAAGGAUUUUGGAACUAUGAAAUGACUACUUUGUUACAAUGCAGUGUUUAUUUAUUUGACAGUUUUUACCAAAUUAUAAGCAAACCUAACGUUACAGUUUAUGUACAAUGCCGGAAAAGGAAGCCGCAUCAUGAAAAGUUACUUUGAAUUGUGUCAGACUCUAUUCUGCUGAAUGGUCCACAGUUUCUCUCCAUGCACUUAUUUUGUACUUACAAACAAUUUGAUAGAAGUCAUCCUUAAAGAGACUGAUGGCUUAUUUCAUAGCUUCAAAAUGUUUUGCUGCUAAAACAGGACUUCUCAACAGGUUGUAGGUUGUCGCCCUGUGUGCAUUUUCGAAAUCUUUCGUUUUGGUAUCAUAACGAGGAAUCUACCAUUUCCAUCAUUACUGGUACACAUUACAUAUUAAAAUGUAAAAAUGCCAGCAACAUUACAGCAACAAAAAAUUAAAAACACUGAAUCAAAGAUUUUGAAAAUGCACCGGUUGCCUCCCACCUCCUGCUUGUGAACAUUUUUUUUAUUUAUACAAGAACUCAUUUGUACAGUUUUGUUAGAGGAAAGAGCUUUUGAUAUUUGGUUAUUUUGCAAAGCCACUUGGCUACUGUUGUCUUCCUGUGCCAGAGUUUCUAAAAUUGUUUUUGUUUUUGUUUUUUGUAAUUGAUUUAAGAAGAGAUUCUUGUUUUUGUCUUUGAAUUUUAAAAUGUCCGUUGUACUUUUUUUAAAAUAAAAAUCUUUGUUCCAAUGA